UGGUUCUGGCUAAAUGUGAUUUUGCUGUCAAGAUACUGUCCUGUCUUGAGCCCCUAUGACUUCACAUGGUCAUUACCAGGUGUGAGGGCAGGCCUUAGGCUUUGCUGAUUCUGCCCUGUUAUGAAAUUCUGUGGCCGUACAGUUUGCAGAAUUUCAUUUCCAUGUAAAGAAAUGCAACACCGAGCCACUGGGGUGCAGAAUGACAGUCACUUCCUCGUUUUGAAAGACAGAAUCACAGGGGUUAGAUCUUGACACCGGUGUACUUAGAGAGUUUAUAAAUGUUUGUUGCUUCAUGUCUGUAAUCCGUGACUGUUAACAGUGCUGCGUUGUUUCAGCGCUGUUUACAAGCAUGAUAAAUGUCUGUCCCAGACACAGAGAGGGCUCUUUCGAAAACACACCUCAGGGGAGUGGAGGUGCAAGAGAGAACAUGUUUGAAAGAGUCUGAAAAAACGAGUAAUCGGUAAAGGAAGAAGGAAGUGUGGUACAGAGUGAGAGAGAGAGAGAGAGAGAGAGAGACGGGGCUCGGUGUGUCAGUGGAAAUAACAUGCACAUGCGAGUGUGCGAGUGACUGAGUGUGUGUGUGAGUGCGCAGGUUCUGUGAGCAUGUGUGUUUGUGUGUGUGUGCAGUCGAGAGACUGACCUUGAAGAAUGUCUCUCAAGCUGCCUCGGAACUGGGACUUCAGUACUCUCCGGGCUGAAGCAAAGAUGGCACGAUCUAAGAGUAUCAUGCCUGGAGAGGGGAGUCCUAAGUCGUACCCUAAAAGGUCACUGGAAAAGCCUGUAAAGACAGGCUGGCUGAAGAAGCAGAGGUCCAUCGUGAAGAACUGGCAUAUGCGCUACUUUGUUCUAAGGGGGAAUAUCCUGAUGUACUAUAAGGACGACCGGGAGGGCUCUAAUCAGGGAACCAUCGAAUUGAGGUCCAGUAAAGUUCAGGAGCUCCCCUCCAAUGCCGACGACAAGUUCUUGUUUGAGAUUAUCCCACCGAGUUGUGGAGAUCGCGAGCGUGAUCCUUACGUUCUCAUGGCUCGCUCUCAGGCAGAGAUGGAGGAGUGGGUCCGGAGCAUCCGGAGGGUGAUUGGAGCCCGAUCCAAUGGAGUGUUUGGCAAGAGCCUUGGGGACAUGAUUGUUUAUGAGAAGAAGUUUGGGCAGCGCAUGGUGCCCAUUCUGGUGGAGAAGUGUACCGAGUUCAUCCGGGAGCAUGGGCUGAAUGAGGAAGGCAUCUUUCGCCUCCCUGGUCAGGAGAACCAGGUGAAGCAGUUCAGAGAUGCCUUUGAUGCCGGAGAGAGACCCUCUUUCCCCAGUGAUACAGAUGUCCACACGGUGGGGUCCUUACUCAAGCUGUACUUGCGGGAGCUCCCAGAGCCAGUGGUGCCUUGGAGCCAGUACCAACAUUUCCUGGACUGCAGCCAUCAGGUGGAUGCCAGCACUGGUCUGGGAAAGGAGUAUUUGGAGAAACAGAUAGCUCUCCUUCCAAGAGUCAACUACAAUCUCCUCAGUUAUAUUUGCAGGUUUCUCCAUGAAGUGGGACAGAACUCGAAGGUGAACAAGAUGAGCAUGGAGAAUUUGGCCACCGUCAUCGGGGUUAACCUGUUCAAACCACAAAUGGAGGACGCCAUCAGCAUGAUGCAAGGGACCCCUCAGAUCCAGAAGGUGAUGACUGUGAUGAUCCGGCAUCAUGAGCCGCUCUUUCCCCCAUCCAAGGAUGUCAACCCCACCCCUCCCCCAACUAAAAGCAAAAGUAAAAAGUCCAGCGGCCCACGCUUUGUGGGAUGGGAGUCAGCCGAGCAGGGUGACAACUCAUCUUUAUCAGAGUCUCCCGAAGAGGAGGAUGCAGAGGCAGAUCGAACCGAUGGCUGGGGAUCUGAGGACAGGCCCCACGUCACUCCCACAACCCCUACCUCCCCCUCCUCGGACGAAUGGGGCCAGAGCCCCCGCAAGCGCACCCAGACGCUCCCCAACCUGAUCAGGGGCGCCACGGCGAGUCGUCCCCCCCCCCGUGACGAGGCCCUGUUCAGGUGGAGCCGCAUCCAGGAGAGCUGCGACGAGAGGGAUGAGAAAACGUUCUCCGAGGACAUCUUCAAGACCUUGGACCUGCAGGGGGUGUCUCCGUUCUCACCGACGCGGGAAAUGGAGAAGGAGGAAACUGAGGGUCCCGCUGCUAUGGACAGUGAGGGUUCCCCAAAGCCGCCAGACCUCGCUACAUCCAACAUCGCCCCUGCGCCAAAGGCUCAGUCUGCACGGCACCCUGAUUUAUCUCCAGUCAGAGAGGAGCCAGUGGGAUCAGCCACAGCCUGCCAACCACAACACACACCAGACAACCAAGGAGAAAGCACCGGAACAUCUCAGCACGUCAUUAGCAGCUUGCAGAAGCAGAACAGGGAGCUGCUCGCCAAGGUAGCAGAACUGCAGUCGGCGUUGGACGCUGAGAGGAGAUGCGUUUCCGCUCUGGAGGUCCGCCUGCGCAACGCAGAGUGCAGCCGCGAUGGAACUCAGAAACGCAACCAGGUGGCCCCCACUGGCCCUCCGUAAAGCAGCCCAUCCAGGCCACUGAUACAAAUUAUAAUUUAAUAACCGUGGAUGCCAACAAGUCAUUUGCACGUGGCCACUUGAGGCCUGUGGAACUCCUCAGGGGACAACAUGACCAGUGGGAAGAAUCACGGACUCAGACUCAGGGAAUCAGUUAAUAAAGGUACUUACAGUUCCAAGCUGUAGAGUAUCCAUUUCAAAAGUCCGGCUAAGCCAGGCAUGAGGUGCACAGAAGUGUACAUACAGUACAGACUCAGCUCUCAUACAUUUAGCACACAUUGCCAUGGUCUGUCAUUUUCACAAUAAGAGCAGUGUUUUUUUCUGUGUGUGCUAUGUUGCUCAGUUAUUCAAUGUUUAACUGAAUGUUGGUACUGCACAUGGAUAUAAUAAAUAUGAUACAUUGUU